AUGUCAUUGCGUUCCCUCGGGUGUCAAUUUAAUUCCUACUACACGCAAAUCUUUCGACAUGGCCUACAGGUUAAAUGUGCAACAUCUAAGCUCUUGAAGCCCUCCUCUUUUCCGCGCGACACCCGCUUCGCACAUAACUGGCCCGGAGGAAACCAGUACCUUGCAAAAAAAGCUUCGUUUUCGCAAGGGAAUCUAUGCGGCCAUCCACCCAGCCCUGCGCGUACUCUGCAGGACCCACGCGGGGGCCAAUGUCGUCAUGAGUCCUCUGCGGCAAAGCAUGCAGAUCUCUGUGCGCAUUGUGGCGGAAAGACCAUACCCAAGAUUCGAAAGCCCGUUGAACCCGGCAAUCCUUCUAGUGGCUGGCACUGCAAACCAUGUUCCCGGAAUAUAUGCGUUCACGGCCAUCUACCGAACGAGGAACAACUUGCGGAUAUUAGACGGCGACGAUUAAUAAGGGAGAGCGGCCAGGCAAGCCGAACAAGUCCGUGCCGGCACUGCGGUGACUUGACGGCUCCCAAAAGUAGCCGAAAGUUUGUCGAGCCAGAUAAUCCUUAUGCGGGCUUUUACUGCCGACCAUGUGUUCGGCAUAUGCACCACCAUGGUGCCCUCCCCAAUGAGCUCGAACUCACAGCCUUCAGAUCCCGAAAGGAGGCUCGGCAUAGAAGGCUCGCAAAUUCUGCACUGAAAGAAAGAACGGAAAGCGGAGCAAGCCCGAAAAAAGAAUCACCUGCUUCCACGACGCCCAAGUCUCCUAAGCAGAGCCGUGACCCACACCCCUGCCGCCACUGCAACGACACGACCUAUUCCAACAGUAAGCGGAGGCUGGUCGAACCGCAGAAUCCCUCUGCAGGGUAUUAUUGCCAACCGUGCACUAGGUGUCUACUCGAAACAAAUGACUUGCCCACCUCAGCGCAACUAGCAGCGCUCAAGAAGCUCAGAGCCAAGCGAGUUUCCACAUCGAAUGCCAGGGUUUUGAGAAGCCCAUGUAUUCACUGCGGUUCUAUCACCGCCCCGGGCAGCAAGCGGAAGCUCGUGGAGGCGAAAAACCCGGCUGCUGGGUACUACUGUCGGCCUUGUGCAGAUUGCUUGGCUGAAACCAAAGCCCUGCCCGAUGAGGUGCGGCUUGCAGCUCGCAGAGCCCGAGAGCAUGUUAGACUAAAGAACCUUAAGGCUACCUUGAAUUCCUCUCAGUCACAAACUGAUUCUUCUCGGGAAGGGAAAUCUCAAACAGGCGGCAAAUCCAAGGCCUGUGCACACUGCAAAAUUGACGAGACAACUACAACGAUUAAGCACUUUGCGCCUCUUAACCAGGACAUUUGUUCUUCGUGCCUUGGACAUUUUGAUCUCCACGGCUCGUUUCCUGGGCCGGAGGUCCUUUCGCGGCGGGACAGUUUGAGAAAAGCGCGGGCACGCAUACAGUCGGAUAUCGAAGCUGGUCGGCCGCUAGCUUGCUCUCACUGCAAGGAGUCAAGACCUCAAAACCCGACUCAGCAUUGGAAAAUCGGCGGACAAUUCUUUGACUUGGUUUGUCCCAGGUGCCAAGGAAAAGGAUUUUGA